GCGUUUUACGACACUCAUGAAAACAUUCCGAAGGUGUCAUGGCGGCGCAGAUAGUCAGUUUUGAGAGUAAGGGCAGCAUCGAGGAAAGGAAACUUAGUAAACGAGAGGCGCGACAAGAAGUGAUAGACAAGGCCAAGCAGCAGUAUGAGAAGGAAGAAAGAAGGAAGGAGCUCAAGAGGCAGAGAGGGGAGGACACCUGGAUGCUUCCUGAGAUCAACCAGAGGCUGCAGGAGAUGGAGGAAGAGGGGUCUGUAAAAAGCAAGAAGAAGAAAGAGAAGAAAUCUAAAAAGAAAAAGGAGAAAAAGAAGUCCAAGAAGGAGAAGAAGACAGCAGAAGAUGGUUCUAAAGACAGCUCAGAUGACUCAGAGGGUGAGUGGGUUGAGGCUCCGGCGCAGACACAAGCUGCUAAAGCCUGGAAACUUCCUGAUGAGUCCAAAGCCUCAGAGAGCAGCGUCAGCACAGCACAGAGCGCCGAGAGAGACGAAUGGAUGACAUUUGACUUCCUGGCAAUGAAAACCACAUCCACAACAGAGAAGAGGGCUGAGAAAGAGCGGCUGAAAGAGGUGGAGAAGGCAAAGGCUCAGGCCAUCGAACAGGCUGGUUUGCACAAAUUGGAGCUAAACCCAUUUUGGAAAGAUGGAGGAACCGGUCUGCCCCCAGCGGAGAAGGCUGCUGCUGCAACGAAGAAAGGAAAUGCUGUUGUGAAUGAUGCCGGUCUGAGCUGGCUGAGGAAGAGUUUCCAAAGGAUGAAGGAGCAGGCAGAGAGGCAGCAGCGCAGCCUCAAUGAAAUUGUGGCUGAGAGAUACGGAUCAAUGGAGGAGUUUCAGCAAAGACUUGCCGAUGCUGAGAUAGCUGUGUACGGACACAGCAGUGGAGGAGACGGGAACAGAGCAGCGAGAGGAGGGUGGAGGAAAGGAGAGAACGAGCCCAGAGAGAGAUGGAGGAGAAAAGACGGCGAGGGGGAAGAGAGAGAACGCUGGAGAGGAAACGACAGGCAAAGAGAUUCAUCACCAACAGACGGAGAGAGAUACCAUGCUGGAAGACGAGAGGAGAGGGAGAGGAGAGGAUAUCGGGGCAGAGAGGAAGACAGAAGUCGAGACGGAGACAGGUUCAGAGACCCAGAGAGGGAUAGAGAGAGGGAUAGAGAGAGGGAUAGAGAGAGGGAUAGAGAGAGGGAUAGAGACAGCGAGAGAAAUAGAGGGAGAGACAGGGAGAUGGGUAGGGAUGGAGGAAAAGAAAGAGAUACUGAAAGAGACAGAGGUAGAAAUCAGGAUAGAGAGAGGGAUGGGGAUAGUGAAAGCAAUAGAGAAAGAGACAGUAGCAGCGUUUCUUCAUCAUCAUCAUCAUCAUCAUCUGGCCAAAACUUCAAAAGUCAAAAUUCUCCCUCUCUCGGGUCACUCAAAGGUCGCUUCCUCAAACCCUCAGAAGAGGAUGACAGGUCUGAAGUUCCAGAUCGCCGUCGUCCUCCAGUGCGGCCGUCCUCAAAAUUCCUGAAACCCAGCUCUGACGAUGAAGACCCUGGGCCCCGUAAUACCAUCAUGCCCACCUGGAAGAAGAGCAACAAUCCUGCCCGGGAAUCAGCCGGCUUUGAGAAACCACAGCAGGAGAAAGAGAGGGAUCCUAGGAAAAUGGUGACCGCUCCUCAAGAUGGUCCCAGUGGCGAUAAAGCUGCUGCAUCGAGGAGUGAGAGUGACAGUGAGGAAGAAGAGGAGGAAGAGGAGCAGCUUCCACUGAUGUCAGAGGAGGAGAUGAACAAACUAGGAGCCAAGCUGGUGAAGGCUGAGAUAAUGGGCAAUGCGGCCAUGGUUGAGAAGCUGAAGUCUCAGCUGGACGCCGCACAUAAAGCCAAAGAGAGCUACGCCGCUCGCAAGGUGCUACAAGAAACGGCGACUUUGAAACAGGUCACCGGUCGCUCCAGUGAAGCCCAGGAAAUCCUGCUGUUUAGAACUGACCAAGCAGGACGGGCCUGGCCCGUCAAUAGCCCCUCUGGACCCCAGGAGCCACACGGGGGAAGACGGAAGAAGAAAGCGAUUGAGACCCAUGUUGACGGCGAGCGUGUGCGCUACUUCCAGGAUGAUGACGGUGUGGGUCUGAAGGAGAUGGUGAGGAGAGAGAAGAUGAGCUCUGCACAGGAUCAGAACGCACUCUACUCUCGCAUGGCUUCCAAGAUGAUGGGGAAGACAGACGGGGACAACUACACGCUGGAUGACAUGUUUGUGUCGAGUGCAGCACAGCGGGAGGGCGAGGGGAGGGAGGAGGAGAGGAUGAGGAGCAAAGCCAUCGGGGAGAGUAGGAGGCUGAAUGCCUCCAUGGAGAAAUGCCGACACUGCUUCAGCAGCCAAGAGCUGCAGAAGCACCUCGUUGUGGCAAUAGGGAGCAAGGUCUACCUGAGCCUGCCUGCGGGAGUGUCUAUGACGGAGGGCCACUGUCACAUCUGUCCUCUGCAGCAUCAUUGCUCGGCCACUGGAUUGGACGAAGACGUCUGGUCCGAAAUGCAGCUGUUCCGGCGUACUUUGGUGCGAAUGUUUGAGUCCCAGGAGCUCGACUGUGUGUUCAUGGAAACACACAUGAACCCACGCAGAAGACAACACAUGGUCCUAGAAUGUAUCCCACUUCCCCGAGAACUGGGCGAUAUGGCACCCAUAUACUUCAAGAAAGCCAUCUUGGAUUGUGAUGAGGAAUGGGCCAUGAACAAGAAGGUUGUCGACCUCUCAUCGAAAGACAUCCGCCAUGCUGUUCCUCGAGGUCUGCCCUACUUUGCUGUGGACUUUGGACUCCAGGGAGGGUUUGCUCAUGUCAUUGAAAAUGAACAGAAGUUCCCUCAUUACUUUGGCAAGGAAGUGGUGGGAGGAAUGAUGGACUUGGAGCCGAGACGUUGGAGAAAAAUGAUAAGAGAGAACUUUGAUGACCAGAGGAAAAAAGUCCUGCAGUUUGCCCAGUGGUGGAAACCGUACGACUGCACCAAGACUGCAGAGUAGUACAGACUACACUUGCAUUCACUCACACACACACACACACACACACACACACACACACACACACACACACACACACACACACACACACACACACACACACACACACACACACACACACACACACACACACACACACACACACACACACACACACAAACACACACUCACUGGUGCACACACUGUUGCACCGUCCAAUUUAGAAUUUGAUGUUAAAUUCUAUUUAGAAGAUAUUAUCUGAGAACUUUUUUACUUAAAUAAAAAACAAAUACAACAACCUCAA